UAAGGAUUGCCAUAAAAAGUACAAGUAGGUUCUUUAUUUCUAGUCUAUAGUAUUAUAAAUGCUCUUUGGCCCUUUGGGUGACUACUUGUUUGUGUUUUCAAAAAGUCAAUUUUCAAAAAACCGUUAAAAUAAGUGUUGUUAAAUCAUAAUCCAGCGUUAUAUCUCAUUGCGAAUACAUUCGCGACAUAAAACUUUGUUAAUCUCAACAUGUUGAAAUUUGCCUGACUGUCGAGUUAUUGCGUCGGGUCUGAGUUGUCGAGUUUUGUCAUCGCGCUAGUAUCGACGUCAUCAUGUUCCAAAAACCGACGUUUGGCAGUAACGCUACGUCUGGCUUCGGCUCCUUCAAUUCUGCCGCCACGACGUCUUCGCCAUUCGGAUUCAAACCUACAAACACCACGUUUGGAGCAGCGGCUGCCACCCAACCAACAACUGGGGGUGGUCUAUUCUCGUCCAACACUCCGGGAGGUCUCUUCGGCGCCGCCGGGCCGUCCACCUCCACGUCGACGUUCGGGGCCAACACCAGCGCGUUUGGGUUCGGCGCUAGCACGUCGUCUGGCGGUCUCUUCGCGAAUAACACGUCCACCGGCCUGUUUGGGAAUGCGCAGAACACGUCCGCCUUCGGGGCUAAGCCUACUGGCUUCGGUUUCAGCAACACGUCGACUACCGGCGCGACUGGUGGAGGCCUCUUCGGCUCCACGCCGGCGGCCGGCGGCGGACUCUUCGGCCAGCAGCAGAACACCAUGUCCGGAGGCGGGCUUUUUGGUUCGGCCACCACAGGUGCAUUCGGCCAGCAACAGCAGACUGGCACGGCGCAUGUGAAGUACAACCCGGUGGUAGGCACCGACGUCGUUGUGAAGAGCGGUAACUCGCAAAACAUCAACAUCAAGCACCAUUGUAUCACUUGCAUGAAGGAAUAUGAGAACAAAUCCCUGGAAGAGUUGCGGUUGGAGGACUACGCGGCGGGACGCAAGGGCUCCACGACGGGCAUGUUCGGUGGUUUCCAGCAACCCGUCGAGAACAAACCGCUGUUUGGUGCCACAGGUUUCGGCCAGCCGGCGACCACGAGCGCGCCCAGCAUGUUCGGUGGCGGCGGGCUGGGGACCAACACCGCUUUCGGACAAAACACAGGCACGUUCUCCUUCAACAGUGGAACCCAGAAUGCAACCAACACGAACACUUUGUUCGGAGCGAGUAAGCCCGCGUUUGGAGCAGCAUCUACCACAGGUACGGGUUUGUUCGGCGCUGCGUCCACUCAGGCGCCCACAUUCGGCACAAACACCUCGACAUUCGGUUUCGGAGCAAACACACAGACACAGGGCGGUGGUAUCUUCGGAGCUAAGCCCCCCACGUCCGGGUUCGGCGCGACGCCGGCGAGUUCCGGGUUCGGCGCGUUCAACACGGGCGGGGCCAUGUUCGGCGCCAAGACCAGCGCGCCCACCUUCGGCACCAGCGGACCCGCAUUCGGCACGCUGUCGAGCGGUUUCGCGACAAACACGUCGACCAGCAGCGGUCUGUUCAACACCAACGCGUUUGGCAAACCGGCCACCACACAACCGACGUUUGGCUUCAACACACAACCAUCUGUGCUCGGCGGCGGGCUGGGCGCGGGGUUCGGCGCGAACACGUUCCAAGCGAAGCCCGCGGGAACUUUCGGCACACCAGCGGGCGGCAUGUUCCAGCAGCCCAACGCUAACAACACGUUCAAAACAGGUUUGGACAGCGGCCUCAGUACAGGCAUGUUCAACAACACGAGCACGCUGGGGAGUUCUGCAUUUGGGUUGGGAGGUCUGAAUGCCAACAACAGCGCUCUGGGCAAUCUGUCCGGCGCGGGCGCGGGCGCGGGCGGGCGCGGCGUGCACGAGCAGGUGCUGGCGCUGGCGGCGCGGCCCUACGGCGACCAGCCGCUCUACAAGGAUCUGCUGCCCGACCACGGCACCACGGCGGAGGAAGUGCUGAAGCCGACGAACCCAGCGGCGCUGAAGGCGGUUCUGGAGCGCGCUGACGGCGCCUACAAGGUCGCCUCUCCACACGCCAAGCUCAGGGUCCAGCCGCGACACUCGCUGCAGCAGGACAAGAAAUCAUUAUUCGACGGUCUCGAAGAGUCUGACGCGACGUUAGAAGACAAACUGUGCCUCAAGCCGAGCCGCAAACGUCUCGUGUUGCGCAACCACGCGAGCAACGAGCAACGCAGCGAACAACACAGCGAACAGCGCAGCGAACAGCACAGCGAACACGGCGAACAGCGCAGCGAACGCAACGACAGCAACACACGUGGAGACAGUCGGUUGAGUUCGCCAAAGCAGAUGAUCGAGAAAGAGAAACCAGUGGACUUAGAUAGUAAUAAUUUGGACAAAGAAUCGUCUAAUACCGAUACUUCGGAACGUCGAGCCAGCUGGUUGACAACCAAACCUCUUCGCAAGCCCCCAUUGGCGAGCGUUAACCCUGACGUGGUGGAGAACUCCGUGCGAGAGCUGGCCGUCAGACAAGAUAUAUCCACGGCCGAUAAGGAGAACAUAGACACGCUGUCAGUUUCUGAGGAAGAAAACGCGCCGACCAGCGAUGCGCCGCCGCAUCCCACAGGAGUGAAGCUCACGCGUCCUGGAUACUACACGAUACCGACGCUGGACGAGAUGAUUGGUUACAUGAGACCGGAUGGUUCGUGCGUGGUGCCGCACUUAACCAUCGGCCGUAAAAACUACGGCAACGUGUACUACAACUGCGAGAUAGAUGUCGCCGGCUUGGAUCUGGACGCUUUGGUGCACUUCCUGAACAAAGAGGUGAUCGUGUACCCCGAAGACGCUGACAAGCCGCCCGUCGGCCACGGCCUCAACCGCCGCGCCAUCGUCACCCUCGACAGAGUGUGGCCCAUGGACAAGACGGAGAAACGACCUAUCACAGACCCGGACAGACUGCUCAAAAUGGACUAUGAGGGUAAACUGCGUCGAGUUUGCGACAAACACGACACGAAGUUCAUCGAAUAUCGGCCUCAGACUGGCAGUUGGGUGUUCAAGGUGGAACACUUCAGCAAGUACGGUCUGACAGACUCAGACGAGGAAGAUGAGCACACGCCGGCGGUAAUGAAGCUGCAGCUGGUCAACCAGGCGCUGCAGACCAACGCCGCUCAAGCGCCGAAACCACCAGCGCCGGCGUCGGCAGGACUCGGCGGGCUCGGCUCACCAGGACUGGGCGGUCUGGCACAGCUGGGCGGAACCCUCGGGACCCUCGCGUCGUCAGAGGACAUGUUCGCCAUGCAGCAGACUUCGCUGAACCUGCUCAACGGGACCGGGAAAGCGUUCGACAUGGAUACAACCGAAGACAAUGGGGAAUCGGCCAGCCUCUACCAAGACAACUUGGCAUACGGCAUGAAGAGUCCGACGAGCGAGCUGGCGCGCCUCGAGAACCGACAGAGUCACCACGUGCAGCUCAUGAAGGCGUCGCUCUACAACCACGAAGAAAUGGAGGACAUGGAGUCCGUGUCUGGCGAGCAGUUGGUGCCCCUGCGGCGGUCCCUGUCGCCAGUGACGGGCGCGACCCCCUCGCUGGCGCCGUCGAUACGGCCCGCUGUGGAACGUGAGCAGGAUGUCAUCACUGACGAAGUUAAAAUGCCCCCGCUCAUAGUACAGCCGCACAGCAUAGUGCUGCGGUAUCAUAGAAAAGUGCCGCCGUUCAAGGAAACUAUUGCAGGUCGUGCGCAGGCGUCGCUGCUGGCCGACAUGUCGUUCUGUCGCGCGCGACACUCGCGCGUCGGCUUCGGCCCGGCGGGACAGCUCGUGUUCCCCACUUCAUACGACUCUAUCGCAGAACUGCCCAAAUGUGCGGAUCUGAGUUCGCUGUGCCGCUACGUGCGCGGGCGCGGGCCGUACGACUGGUCGGAGCCCGUCGCGGCGCGGCUGCAGCUCGCGCACCGAGACCAGGACUACAAUAUACAGAAUAUUCUAGAACCCUACCUAAACACACUGCUGGAGUAUUCGACGUUCUCGGAAGUGUCUGGCGAGCAGUGUCCGCGACUGACGCUCAAGCCGGACCCUCAGGCGAGACUGUCAACCCUCAAGGAGUUUCUCAAACACGCCUCCAAACAGAACCACAAAGUUAAGUUCGGCGUUUUGGGUGCGUAUUGCUAUGAAGUGUGGAAGCUAUGCGACGCGCUGUGGGCUGCGGAUCUUGAGAAUGACGGAGUGCCCGGCACCGACGACAUAUCGAUAGUGAAACGUCACAAGAAGCUUCUGGAAUGGUUCAGAUCGGCAGUCGCUGACGUCACAGACCGGGAGCUUGCUAAGCCUACGCGGGCUGAGAAGGAAGAUGAAACUGACGGUCACAGCGAGCGCGUGUGGACCCUGCUUCUCGGCGGCCGCGUGGUGGAGGCGUGUAAGGUGGCGCGCGACAACGGGGACCUCAACAUGGCCACGCUGAUCGCCAUGGCUUCAGGGGACCCUAAGUUCAGAUAUCUGAUAUCCCGUCAGCUGUCGGUGUGGCGCGAGUGCGGUGCGGAUGCGUUGAUCUCGUCGCACAAGCUCGCCACACUGCAGUUGAUUGCUGGCGUCGCGCCGCUAUCGCAUCUCGUGCCGCUCGACUGGACUAGAGCGCUGCACGCCACCGCCAGAUACAUAUGCCCGCACCUGCCCACGCUCGAGCAGAUCAUCAGGACCUACGAGGGUUACUUCAGCUCUGAUGAGGAGGUGGACCUCAGCGCCGUCGGUGACGAGUCCGGCAUGCAGCCGCCGCUGCCGCCGUACGCGAGCGAAUACGACGUGAUCAUCAACCAGAACGGCUCGCAGCGUCGCGUGCUGGACGCGCGCUACUCGCUGCUGCGCGCGCGCGCACACAACACGCGCCCGCGCAUGCGCCCCGCCGCCUACACGCCCGACCCGCUCGACUACAGUCUGUGUUUCCUGCUGGGAGUGUGGUUCGGCAACCCGUCGAUAGAGAGCAUCACCGGAGUGGCAGAUCAGUUGGAGGCGUGCGGCGCGUGGCACCUCGCCGUGUUGGCCCUCGCCUACCACCCCGAUGACAGAGCACGCGGUCAUCUCGUACGCGGCAUGAUAUCCCGCCAUGCGCCCGAAGUGGCGGACACAGCGCAGACCAAAGCGUGUCUAGAUCUGCUCAGGAAGCUGCGUGUGCCGGAGAAAUGGAUAUUACUUGCGCAGGCGCAUCGGGCUAAGUAUUUGCACAUGCCGGAGUUGGAAGCGACGCACCUGGCCGGCGCUGAGCAGUGGAACGCGGCGCAUCGGGUGUUAGUGGAUGAUCUGCUGCCUGAAGCAGUAUUGUCAGAAAAACUGUGGACGAUAGCUCCGUUGUUGGAGAAGUUGAACGACGCGGCGCAGCGGCACGAGAUAAGCGGGUGGGAGAGUGGCGGGCAGGCGCUGUACCAUUACUACAAAGUGUGCGAGGAGAUCCGCGCGAUCGCGGACGGCGCGUGCGUCCCGUACAGCUCCGGCGCGGCGCUGGCGGCCGGCGCGGCGCUGGGCGCGAUGGCGGCGCGCGCGCGCAGCCCGCUGGCGGCGGCGGCGUGCGCGGAGAUGGGCGCGCGCGCCGUGCAGCUGUGGCAGGCGCAGGCCGCGCCCGCGCACCGCCUCGCGCACCUGCUGCGCGCGCUCGCCCUGCCGCCCGACAUGGCCGCCGCCGCCGCGCACAAGAUCACCACGGAGCUGGCGUCCCGCGCCGCGGCGCAGUGCGGCGAGUCGGCGAGCAGCGCCGCGCUCACGUGCGACAGCCUCACACUCCAGUGAGCUAUUACUGAAUGUUCAUCUAUCAAACAUUCUUGUAACAACUGUCUACGAUCGUCAAAGUAAUACAAAAUAAACAUGUGGAUAGGAAUGACAAAAAUUUGACGGUAAUCAGUUAGAGCGACAUUCGAAAUCGCAAUAGGUCACUUAGGCUAUCACUAGAUGUCGCAAGUGUCGCUUCGUACUUUUGAGUUUUGUGUUUGUUCGUAAAACAUAAACUGACAGUAAUACAGUUUGCGUCCAGUCGUCAGACAGACGUCGACAAUUAAUGUCGCUCUCACUCAGUACCGUCAAAUUUUGUACAAUGCCACUAUUGUUUAGCGAUAUAGCGAAAGAGUAGGAAACAAAAUUGAUACUUAGAUAGGGAAACGUUGAAAAUUUCAUAUCUAUUUUUUCAAAUAAAAGUUUUUUUUUUUUGUUUUGUAUUAGCGUUUACGAUUGUAUAGAGGCGUGUUGGCUUCAUCCCUAACCAUAUGUAUUAAAAGUUAUUCCAAACACAUUGAUUCUCGCAACCAAAUCGAAAUGAGUUUCCAGUGGUGAAGGAUGAAUUUUCCCGAAAUGAACAACACAACACAUAGUUAUUGAUAUGCGUAAAUUCUAUAUAAAGGGAAGCCAUGAUUUGUGUUAUUUGAACCUUUCGCCGCUGACAGUUUCAAAUUUGUGCAAAACAAAUAAAAUUUUGUUGGUCCUAUUAAAAGUUCGCUGUUUUACGAAAUACGACCUUACACGGUACACAAUAACGUUGGUAUUCAUAAUAUUUAGUUUUUAAUUUCAACCGACCAAUCACAGUUACUGGAUAUUAUGAGACUAAUGUCUCAGUGAGGAGCGCAGUGUGGCGCAGUUUGCGGUUCAGUGUAUGGUGUUGGUGUUUGUAGGCGAUCGUGUUACCAGACAAGCGACUUACUCGUCUCGUCGAUUGUGUAAAACAUGACGCUCCUUUUCGCGCUGUCGGGUGAAACAUAGUACCCGCGCAUUGUCAGUUAUUGAUUCAAUUUACUUUCUUGACAUAAGUAAUCAAAAUGAAAAAAUAAUUUAUUUCAAUAGACAAAAGUUAAGAAGGGAUAUUUUUUUUUGUAAAACGAUUUUUCUUUAUGUUAUUUUCCGUUCUAAUAAAUGCAUAUAAUUUGUCUAUAUUUAUUACAGAAUACAUUGUGGUUAAUAAAAAAUCUGUCAGCAUUAUUUGAUCCAAUCCCAAAAAAAGUGUGGCGAUGAGAAUAAUUUGAUAUGUAAAAUUCAACUUUAAAUGCAUAGACAUACAGUCGAUUGUAAAUCACUUUAAAAAAUUAAUAAUUUAAAGCGAUGGGUAGUUGUUUAUAAUGUAAAUCAUAUUUCAAAUGCCAUAAGGUUGAGUUUUGCUAUCAAAUGAAAUCUCAUAUAUACCACAGCUUAAUUAUAUUUUUUUUUUUACCUAAAUUCCUAAUAAAUGUCAAAGAGCAAAUCUAGUAAUAAAAACUUGUAAAAACCUAUGAAAAGUUUAUUAAAAAAUAAUUUUAAAUUAGUUUUUAUGUUUUAAGUGAAUUUAUUCACUAAAGUCAGAACGUGUUGUGUAAGAGAAACGGUUUCCAAAAUUAUGAUAAUAUUAAAAGAAAUAUAUUUUAACUGUCUCCUUGGCGUAGUGUUCUGUCCCAUUGUUGGGCCUCCUCUACUACUGAGAGGGAUCAGGCCUUAGUCCACCACGCUGUAGUGCGGAUUGGUAGACUUCACACACCCUCGAAAUUCCUAUAGAGAACUUCUCAGAUGUACAGGUUUCCUCACGAUGUUUUGCUUCACCGUUAAAACGAGCGAUAAUUCACAAAUACACACAUGAUUUUUGAAAAGUCAGAGGUGUGUGCCCUUGGGAUUUGAACCUGCGGACACUCGUCUCGGCAGUCCGUUCCACAACCAACUAGGCUAUCGUAUUUAGUGGUUUAUCAAAGAUAUUUCAGAGGCGCUAUUAUCGCUCUACUAUGUACUCUGUUGCAUUCAUUGCGUCCCAUGAUGUAAUAGUCUAUGGCCACAUCGGGCACAAUAACUCCGGACCGAUGCUGAGAAGAGAAACCCAAAAUGACCUAAAGAUUCUAAAGAUUGUUAAUUGUUUAUUUAAUUUUAAUUUAAUCUUGAUUUAAUUUUAAUUUUAUUUUAUGCUGAUUCUCUAUAGUUUGAA